GUGACAUUUUCGCAAUGGCGAAGAUCUGAUGAAGCCGAGAAGACGAAGGUUUUCCGAGGACUUUUGUAAACUCCAGCUAUUUGGAUAUACUUUGAUAUUGCGUUUCAAAGGUGACAGGAAUCAUGUUGAGAUUUCCUGAUUGACCGAAAUCUUAGAUCAGCCCUUUAUUUCAUCAUCAACAGAAGAAUUUACGCAAAUAGACCUGUCAAGAUGUCGUCAAAUAAUUAUCAAUAUCAUGCAGGGAAUAAAUUCUAUAAAGGAAGUGUCGACUCGGGCUUCCAGGAACCAAUAGAUCCUUUAGUUCCUCAUGACAGCACAAUGGAGAUAAAUUCUUUCCCACUCAUGAGUCGGAAGGCCGACUCGAAAGGAGAGAUGUUUAAUGAACAACAAUUAGAACAACAGUUGGCAUCACUCAAACAUCAACAGCAAGUCCAAAAAAAUAUGUUAUUACAACAAUUUGAACAAAACUGUCAAGCACAACUCAAAUGUAUGGGUUAUGUUUCAGGAGAAAUGUAUCCCGACACACACCUUCAACAACAGUUGGCCUCUAUUAAACAACAACAACAAUUACAACACCAACUGUUGUUACAACAAUACGAACAACAGAGAAUACAGCUAGAACAAGAACAUGAAAAACAACUUCAAGAUCAUAUCAAGCCACUAUUACCGUGGCAUUUUCAGGGUUUCCUGGAUCGUGAGCAGCAGAAGACAAUUGAACAACAUAAACGGAUGGAAAAAGAACUGAUGGAGAAGGAACAAUUAGAACGCAUAAAAAAUAAAAAUAAAGAACAAGAAAGUGCUAUAGCUUCUACCGAGGUAAAAAUGAAAUUACAAGAAUUUGUUUUAACCAAGAAACAAAGAGAACAGGCUGUUAAAGAUCUCAAUAAUUCACCCCCACAGUUCAGACAUCCAUGGGUACCAAACCAGAGCUCAUUAGAUCAAAAUUCUCCGCCGGCCAGUAGUAUGUCACCCCCCUAUCCACAUCCUAUGUUAGGAAAAUACGCUGAGGAUGAUUUUCCUCUUCGUAAGACAGCGUCUGAACCCAAUAUACUAAAAGUUCGCUCUGCGCUAAAACAGAAGCUGGAAACCAGGCGCGGAAUGAACACUCACAGUCCCUUGGUUCGGAGAAGAGAGAAAGGGCCAUUGCCAAAACGCAAAACUGCGCUCUCAAUUGAAACUGGUGUUUGUAGCAGUAAUCCAGAUUCAGGCCCCAACUCCCCUCCCGGACCUUCUCAUUCAACUGUACAAAAUGGUAGUCUCCCCAAAGAGGAUAAUGGAGCAUAUCCCUUCCAGAUAUUUCGACCUGGAUUAUCAUAUCCUGGAGCUGAACUUAGUCUUUAUACCUCUCCCUCAAUGCCCAACAUAUCCCUUGGGCGACCCCCAAAAUCUGGAGCCUCAUCUGGCUCACCUAGUAGUAGUAUAUCAUCAGAAGAACAGUUACAUGCUGCCAUGGUAGCUAGAUUAGGGGGUUUACCCAUAUCUGGACCCAUGUUACCCGGUGCAUUACCAGCAUAUUAUCAAUCUUUACCACCAGAAGGAGAGUUUCCUGGUGGAACCGCAGCCUAUCUAGCUGCUCAAGCCAAAUUAACAAGCAGUCCACUUAUUAGCCCAUACACCAUUCCUACAUCAGCUAGUGGAAUCUCAGAAUCACCCCAUCCUGCUCACAGACUUCAUCGCCAUAAACCUCUAGGAAGAACCCAUUCAGCUCCACUGCCUCUUGGUCAUCCAGCAUUUCAACAACAACAACAACUCUUACAACAACAACAUGAACAUUUCAUUAAAGAAAAUCAGAAAUUGUAUUUAAAACAGCAUAUACGACAGACAGUUUUACAGAGAGCUGGCAGUAAAGGUCACAUGGAAAAUGUAGACGAAGAAACAGAAGUUAAAUUAGCACAGGAAAUGAAGGAAUCAAGAGAACAGGACCAGUUACGUGAAGAUAAAAUGGAUGAAGAAGCUGCUAGCGAGUUAGCUAAGCAACAGAAAGGUCGGGAAGCAUUCCUAGGUCAACAGCGAGAGAUUAUAAAAGGUCGACACAGAGGACCAUCUCAUCACCGUCCUUUGUCCCGAACACAGUCCAGUCCACUUGUAACAUUUUCUGUCCCCCCACAAUCAACCCAAGAUACCGGUCCCGUCACUUACACUUUUACUACAGGUAUUGUGUAUGAUACAGUAAUGUUAAAACAUACGUGUACGUGUGGUAAUAAUGAUAAUCAUUUAGAACAUGCGGGUAGAAUACAGAGUAUCUGGAACCAACUAGAGAAAACUGGACUAACUACUCGCUGUGAGAGGGUACGCUCAAGAAAAGCCACAUUAGAAGAAUUACGUAGUUGUCAUACAGAAACUUACACAUCAUUAUACGCUACCAAUCCUCUAAACAGACAUAAAUUAUUAGAAUCAUCACCAAUGCGUUUCUGUUUAUUACCAUGUGGUGGAGUCGGUGUUGAUUCAGAUACCGUCUGGAAUGAUCUACAUACAUCAACGGCUGCAAGAAUUGCUGCAGGUUCAGUAACAGAGUUAGCUUGUCGUGUAGCAGUAGGAGAAUUAAAGAAUGGAUUAGCCAUUGUUAGACCACCAGGACAUCAUGCUGAAGCUCAUCAACCAAUGGGUUUUUGUUAUUUUAACUCAAUAGCUAUAGCUGCUAAACAGUUAAAAGAAAAAUGUAAUACAAAGAAAGUACUUAUAGUAGAUUGGGAUGUUCAUCAUGGAAAUGGAACACAACAAAUGUUUUAUGACAAUCCACAUGUUUUGUACAUAUCAAUUCAUCGUCAUGACAACGGUCAUUUUUUCCCUGGAACCGGUGCACCUGAUGAAUGUGGUGCUGACAGUGGUCAGGGUUUUAAUGUAAACAUAGCUUUUGGAGGAAGUCUUAAUCCACCUAUGAGAGAUGCGGAAUAUUUGGCGGCCUUUAGGACGGUUGUAAUGCCGAUAGCUCGAGAAUUUCGACCAGAAAUUGUGUUGGUGUCGGCAGGUUUUGAUGCCGCCAAAGGUCAUCCACCACCUCUUGGAGGUUAUGAAGUUAGCUCGACAUGUUUUAGUCAUAUGACAAGAGAGUUGAUGGCAUUAGCUAAUGGUAAAAUAGUUCUAUGUUUAGAAGGAGGUUAUGAUAUACCUAGUAUAUGUUCAGCAUCAGAAGCUUGUGUUAAAGCUCUACUAGGGGAUGAGUUGGAUUUACUGGAAGAAGAAUCACGACGUAAACCAUGUCAACCAGCCCAAGAUAGUUUAGAAACAGCAAUAAGAAUACAAACACGCCAUUGGCCAUGUGUUAAACGAUAUCUAGGAACAAUUGAUUAUUCAUUACUGGAAGCACAGACUAGAGAAAGAGAAGAAGCAGCCACAGUUAGUGCCCUUGCCUCACUCUCUAUGGUUCCAGAAAAGAAAAGUAGUUCAAUUGAACGAGAGUCGGAACCAAUGGAGGAGGAAUCGUAGAUUAUGUAAACUUUAGAGUUACCUUCACCAUAAACCACAGUGAGGCUGCUACUAAAACGCGGGGGUGUUACACAUAAAACGGGGUAGUUAGCUGUAGUUCAACCAAAACCAGAUGGAAAACUUUUGACAAUAUAUACGCAAGUCCAAGAAACCAUUAACCUUCCUAUUGGCAUGUGAACUUUCUACUGCAGCAGCAUACUUCUUGUGAUCCUCUUCACCUCCAGGAAGAAACUUUGUGCUGGUUUGUGAUGAUGAUAAACAAGAUUAGAAAUAAAACAACAUCCAUGUGCAAUAUUUUGAAAUCAGGUGAAUUGCUCUGAAUUUGGUAUGUGCAUGAAAUGACACAAAGAAUGUUUUUUUUUCACAAAAAAAAAUGAAUAUACCAUCGAGGACGAAACGUUUGGAAUCAUUAUAGAGAUUGCUCAUUAUCAUGACAGCUUUUAUUUAGUUAAAUUUUUUAAAGUUCACAUGCCCAGAUUUGUUGUUUGUAGAAAAGAUAGUUACAACUUUGGCGACCAAUUUCCCAAAAGUAAUAAAUUUCUACAAAUGUAAUGUAAAUAUGAAAUGAAUUUCUGUUAAUAUGUAUUUAUUGUGAUAGAUUAUUAUAACAGUGACGUGAUGUUGUGGCCACUACACUCCCCCUUCCCCCAGCUCCCCACUCCUCCCCAUCACCAUCCUUGAGUCUGCUUAACGUAUGUUUCUAUGGUGACAGUGUCAGUGUUGUUAACUAUAUAUCUAUAUAUAUAAAAACAAGAUGGUGGACUCGAUGUUUCUGUGUUAAGAACGAUUAAUAAACAUCACGAUUUUGUCUCAAUAUAUUAUAUAGAUAAUAACGUUUACGAAAGUGCUGUUAAUCUGUGUUGAGGAAACUGCGGAGGUGUAUUUGUUAACGGCAGUUCUGAUUUUUAAAAGUGCUGGCUUAAAAGACUAGAAAGAGUAUAUAUAUAUAUAUAUUUUGUUGUAAAGACUUUGUGUAAAUAAAUAUAGUAUAUCUAUAAAAAUAUCAGAAAUUCCUGGCCAUAAUCAGUUUAUCAUAUAAUUAGCCUAGGUUUGAAAAUUUCGUUAGAAUUAUGAAAUAGUUAUUUGAUGUUGUCGAAUGUGUCACUGUUUCGUUGUCGUGUCAUCAUGCUUCGUCUCCAUCAUUACACAGGACAGAAGACGUGUACUUUAAAUCCACUACUACUUAUUAUUAUUAUUAUUAUUAUUAUCAUAGAUCUGUUAAAUGUCAAUCAACAAGGGGAAUAACUCCAACAAUUGUUAACGUUGUAUGUUGUAAAGUUUUUCGUUCCCGUGCCGUGGUGAAAUUGUGUACAGAUAUUAAUAUAUGUUUUUGUCCUUUAUCUUAUAUACCAUUGUAGAAUUUAGUUGUUUAAAAUAGAGCUCUGUAUAUUUGAUAUAUCAGUUGUUAAGUUUGAAUGUAACCUUUGACCUUUGACCUCAGAGGUUGUACAUAAUACCUGUUAUUGUUUGUUUUUUGACCAGUUUAUUGUUGAGCUCACCAUUUAAAUCUCCCCUUGGAAAAAAAAAAAAACUUUAGCAAAAUUUUCCUUUCGGAAUUUAUUAAUUAAAGGGGUUUUGUACAGUCAUACUCUAUACGGCUUAUUUUCUUGAAAAUAAAUAUCAAAGCCAUGUAUGGUAUGUACUGUUCCUCUCUGGUGAUUGGUUGGUUAAAAUUUGCUCCAAUAUCAUUGGACACUUGUUAUGUAAAUAUGAUCAUAUGAUAUUGACCCAUUUUAAUGCGAAAAACGGCUGUGACAGAUAUGUACGGUAGAAGAGCAGGUUAGGUUAUUAGGGGCCAAUAAUAAAAAUUGUGAAGUUGGGAAUAGAUUCCCUCUUAAAUAAACCACAAUUAAAUUAGACAGGGAGCGGAUGAUUGACUAUGGCACUGGACUUUUAUAGACUGUCUAAAGGGACAUAAAACACCCCAUGCCUGAGAAUUUUAUUUGAAAUGAUAAAUAUUUUGUUUUUCAACCACAUAGAUUUAAAUCUAUAAAUCAAGUUAGAUCGUGAAAUUUAAAAUUUAUUGCAACUAUUUUAAAAAUUGAUCAAGCCUCUUGUCAUUAUUAAACUAUAUUAAGAGAGAAGGAAUACUCCUCACAAAGCUAUUUUUAAUAUUGGCCUCAACUGAUAAGGACUUUAAACAACAUUGUUAAUUAUAUUAUACAUUGUACAUGUUUCAAAUCGCAUCAUAUAUAUUAUAUAUAUAUAUAUUAUAUCUCACUAAUGUUUUAAAACAACCAAUAGAAUUCUUUAAUAGUUUAUAUGUCAAACCUUUUUCAACAUACUGUAGAAAUCUAGUCAAAACACAUUCUAUAUUUUAUAGUGCACCAUUAUUUGUAAGAGAUUUAUAAUAUCAUUUGUUUACAUUAUUUUAAACACUUGUCAAUUAACCAUGGCAUCUAGUGCUCUCAUUAACAACAUUUUCUCACUUUAGUGACAGCAGAUAUUCUACUAAUGUGACAAUCAAUUUAUUUUAAUUGUUUAGUGCUUUUCAGAAUAAAAUCCAUGGUUUUUAAAUGAAAACGACAAAAUUACAUCCUUGAUUUUUAUAAAAGGGGUGAAAGCUCUUUGUUUAGGUCAAACUAAAGAUCGAUUAAGCCGUGAGAAUUUUGAUGUUUUAGCGAAAAUGAUGCAUUUGCGUGAAGACAUCAUGUGAGGCUUCUGCGAAGAAUACAAUAAACAAAAAAUACAAGGAUAUUUGGUCCUGUGACAUGAAAUCUACAUUAAGAUACAUCAUGGACCUUAAGGUUCAUGGAUACAUCCACAAGGCUUUGGUCUGCAAAAGAUACCCAGAUUAUUUACUGAAAUUAUGAAAACUCGGCACUAUUCAAUUUUCAUUUUGUCUGCUGUUAUACAUUUUUUGAAUAGUCUGAAAAUUUCUAAUCCAAUAAAUAUCAUUAUUAUUAUUCAUGACUUAGUAAGAGAUUCAAAUGAAAUAUUUCCAUUGUAACUAAAGACACAGAUUAGUAUUAGAAUAUGAGAUUUAAUGUGGCCUAACAAUUUAAAGGAUCAUAAGCAAUCAGAUGUCAAUUUAUGAUUGAUUAAACCGGUUAAAACUCUUCCUUGAGGCCUUCCACUACCAUUAAACUACUGUUAGUAAAUAUUGAGUUAAUAUUGUUGUAUUUAAUUGGUUUUAUCACUAAAGCCAAAUGUAUGAAAUAUUUGACAUGGUGAAUAUCGACUCAAUCGUCCAAUAAUGUGAUAGUAGUAUGAUAUUAGGGUAAGGCAAAGAUGUGAGGUAUUGAGAAGGAAAAGGAAUUACGAACUCAUAUAUACUUAAUCAAUACAUUGAGUUAUCUUCCCCUUGUUCCACUAACGUUAGCUACUUUAAUAUGAUGCUGUUACUAUCACAAUAAUGAACGAUCAAGUCAAUGUUACAUUCUUAACCAAACCUUGAUACUUAGUUGUUUCAAGACUAGAUUUUCAACGUUUGUCAUUUUAGGUUAGGAAUAAAAAUUGACUGCACAAAUUUGAGUCAUAUAAAAUUUACAACUUCUUCUCUGCUUGUGACCUUUGACCUGUGAGAAACAGGAACUUUUUUUUCCGAGUUUUAUUAGUCUGAAGAAGUAUUUGUUAAUAAAAAGAAAUGUUUCUUGUGGCUUCUGUAAAAGUUUUACCUUUGACCUAUAUUUAAUAUAGCCAUGAUCUUUGAACUUUGACCUGUAAUUAAUAUGGCCAUGAACAAAUUGAUAUGUUACCUUUGACCUAUAAUUAAUAUUUAUAGGGUUUGACAUAAAUAUAUUUAAUUGUAAUUUGGUUGUCAGCAUAAUGUGAAGAGUUAAUUGUGUUGUAUCAAUAUUUGUGAUGAUAUAAAGGCUACUUAAACCUUUAGUAGAUAACGACCCCUGAACCUUGAACCCCUGCCCCGAACAUUUUCUUGUUGUUAAAUGUAUGUUUAUCUUUUUGAUCAGAAACAAACACACGUCGAUAUUAGUUAAACUACCACCUAAUUUGUUAAAUUAGAAGACUUGCUAUCAUUUCAUAUUAUUAUCCAUUUAUGGUCAUGCUACACCUUAUUUCAUUUGUUAUACUCAUUUUCAUUGGUCCAGGACGUAAACUUUUGAAAACUGUGCAAAAAUAUGACAUUAUAUGCCAAAUUUUCGGUGCUGUAAAACUAUUUCUAUUAAUCUGUCACUUUUUAUUCUUUUCUCUUGAACAUAAAUAUUCUUUGAAGAAAUAUAUUUGUUUCUUUUUGGUGGUUCAAAAAUUUCAAAUAAAAAAAUCAUUUUGAUUGACUAUUUGAAGUGACAUGAUUAAACCUUGGAUAUGAAAUGAAAUUGUUUUUUUUUUACACUUCCUAAUAGGAUACUUCAAUUAAUUUAUUGAACAGAAUCUCUUUGAUUUUGGUCACAGUUUGGAUUGGUUUGAUCAGUUGUGUUCUUUUGACGAGAGAUGGAGAAUGUUCUAGAUCAAGUUUUCAUUUUACCAGGUCAAUUGAUCUGUUUAUUGGCUUUAAUCACUGAGGAGAAUUUUACAAAGACCCAAUCUCGUAAACACAUCCACAUCAAUUUAAAUUCUUUCGUCAUCCAAAUCAUGGAUUUGUUUAAUUAACAAUUUGGUUGUUUGCCAUCAAAUUUAACUUCAAAUGGGGGAAAACGUUAUUGUAAUAUUUAUGUAUAAGACACAUAUUGAAAUUUAUUUGUCUGGAUAGUCAAGUCUACUAAAAUGUUACGACUUAUUGUUAACUUUUAUGUGGUCAAAUCUGUUUUGGGAAUAUAAACUACUGGCAUUAUUGACUUGACUUACUGACAAUAAUAAAUCUCCUAUUACAGAUUACAAUCAACUGAUAUAUUAGUUUAUUUAGAUAUGUAUUGCACUACUACCGGUAGUCGAGAUUAAAAAAGGUGUAGACUUGAACAUCACAAUUGAAACAUUAAAUCACAUUUAAGGGGAUUCUACUCUAAAUAGGUAUAAGUUUAGCUAUGGACAUCAUAAUUAAUGUUACUGCAGGUUUUAUUUUAUUUUUACGUACCUGGAUGUCAUUGUCUGCUCAUGUUUCUAUUCUAUUUAUAACCCUGUGACAUCACUGGCAUUCAAAUUAAAUAUAUGUUAUUUCAUGUUACUAAAUAUAGAAUUACCAUCUUCAUUAGAGCGUGAUACUAUCUGUCUAUUUAUCUUGCUUUCAGUUCAAUAUUUUGGUACAAAUAGCGAAAUAAGCCAUUUUUAAACUCCGUACAAAUAUUGUAGAAAUGCUGGUCAUUUAAUGUCAAGUAAAAUUUGUUGUCUAUGAAA